GUAGAAAUUAUUUAUUAAAUAUUAGUUCUAUUUCCCAGUGUGCAUAAAACAACUUCCUUACACUUUUAUAUAAGUUUCCGGAUGUAUCAAUAUUUGAGAAAAUAUUGAAAAUUAUUAGAAUUAUCAUCAUGACUACGCCAAUAUUAACGAAGAAGCAGCAAAGACAGAGCUUAUCGGCUAAAAAAGGACCCAUCAAGGGUUUACGGAAUAUCUUAGCGCAGCCUACUGAAAAUUACUGGCCAACUGUAAACAUAGAUCAGUAUCCAGCACUAGUAACUCUUAUGGAUAAAUUAUUGCCCUUGAUAAAGCAGCCAAAAUAUAAAAUUCCUGGAUUUAUGCUUAGAAAUAUACCAAAAGAAAAACGUAAAUUGGUAAAGGAAGAAGCUUUAGAAAAAGAAGCCAUCAAGUUUGAUAAGAAUAUAUUAAAGUCUGUGAUCUUGGGUACUAAUGCAGUCACUCGAGCUUUAGAGAAGGACAACGUAUGCUGUGUUUUAUUAGAUGCCAAUGUUGAACCACGUCUCAUGAUAAAACAUAUUAUUGUCAUGGCUCAGAAUAAGAAAAUACCUGUUCUUUUAUUACCUGUAUUAAAAACAGUCACAUUGCAACAGAUUGGAUUUGCCACAGCAGCUUUUGCCUUGAAGGACAACGUAACACAAUCUUCAGACAAUGCGUUUCAUGCGUUAUACAAAUUGGUGGCAGAAAUUUUUAAUAAUUUUAAACCACCAAAAUGUUCUCUUCAACUUUUUAAGCCCAACGAAAAUGAGGAUUCUCAGGAAAGUGUAAUAUGUAAAGCAGGAAAUACAAACACGAAUUGUGACCCAAUUACAUCAGAGAAAUCUGUUACUAUAUUCACAGAUGUAUAUAAAUAUAGAUCUUCUCGAAAAGAAAGAGCUUUUAUACCUCCAACUAUUAACAAAAGUCCUCAAGUCUCUCAAACACGAUCAGAUGAAUUUAUAGCUCUAAGCAAUGAUCCUGAUUCCACUGAUGAUGAAAAUGUUAUAAAGACAUUGAAAAAUACAAGAUAUAUAAAUAUCCGCAAAGAAGAGGGUGAAUCUGAGACUAUAGAAGAGAAUAGUGGACAAUCUUUAAAUGAAUUAAAAUUAAUUGAUAAUAGUGUAAAUUCAUCAAAACAUGUAAAAAAAUCUAUGUCAGAAAAGCGCAAAAAUGAUGUUGCUUACAUAUCAUUAAAAAUAAAACGUGUACGAGGAAACGAUCAUCGAGAAAAAGCGACUAAAUUUACUAAGAAGAAAAAGAAGUGAGAAUAAAUUGUUCUUUUAUGUUGAAAUUUUAAAGACUUUUAAAUUAAUAUUUCCUAUAUGUUUAACAAUGUGAAAGAGAAAUGAAUAAAAGGAUGGUAAACAAAUAUAUAA